AUGAUCACCACAUCUCCUGAUAACCGUAAUCAUUACACUUAUUGCUGCACGAAGACGUCGGAACGCCAGCAACCAAACAGCACCAAGGGACCUGGAACAGACUCGGAACAGGACCAAAUCAUGUCAUCCAUGGAGAACACGAGCAAGGGACGAGCGCUCGCCGGGUUCACACAGACCACAAAGGAUAAACAGGAACCACAGUUUGUUCCAGUCUCCCCUCAAGACCAUAUCCAGCAGUUACAGCAUGAGUUGACCAUUUAUCAGGAACAGCUCCCUAACCAAAACAGCCCGCAGUACAACCCUACCAAUCCCCAUAAGCACCCAUCCUCGGCUUUGCGAGGUCCUCAAGGCCCUGGAGACCUUGUCGCACCAUCUUCUCCUAAAACUGACCCAUCCAAAGGUCCUCAAGGCCCUGGAGACCUUGUCGCACCAUCUUCUCCUACAACUGACCCAUCCAAAGGUCCUCAAGGCCCUGGAGACCUUGUCGCACCAUCUUCUCCUACAACUGACCCAUCCAAAGGUCCUCAAGGCCCUGGAGACCUUGUCGCAUCAUCUUCUCCCACAACUGACCCAUCCGAACAAUCAUGCUGGUCGAUCGUCGGAGACCAACAGGCCUGGAUCGCCCUCUUCUACAUGAUGUUUGUCCUCCUACCCUGGACAACCUUUUGCUAUGUCUGGGUUCUCACCUUCGGUCUGGUUGCUAUGGUUCUGAUGAUCAUCCCGCCCAUCGGCUACCUCUUCACCGUCUUUGCUGUCUUCUCAAUCCGCGCCUUGGCCCGCGUCGACCUGGUCCUCUCGAGACUCCUCGUCUCGGACUCAGUCGCCAUAAAGUACCCUUACUUCACAUCCAAUGUUUUUAUUGCGCCCGAACCAGGCCCCGCCCGUCAAUGUCGUCACAAGAACCUCUGGCACCAAGGCGCAAUCCAUAUCAAGACCAUUCUGGAUGGUCAUACCUCCAAUGGCUUCGUUUACUUUGUCGUCUGGAAGAUGUUGUUUGCGAUCCCUAUCUUUACAGCUACUGUUAUUCUAUUUUGUUUGAACGUGCCCUUUAUGGUUUGCUUCUUGCCCUCGCUGGUGAAUGUUUCUAAGGCCUUUGCAACCUGGCAGUACCGUUGGGCUGUUACUUGGCUCAGUGGCAAGUCUGCUCCCAUUUCCUCUAACGCCCUUUUUUCAUGA